UAACACAAGGUGACGAUGAUGGAUUCUUUGACAAGUUCCAAUCCCAUUGCCACCGCCAGCAUCAUGUCUAUCGUGUCCAUCUACGGAGUACCUGGGCCAGGUAGGUGAAGUUACUUAUCUACCCGGAUAUUUCGACCAGGGCGACAGCUUCUGGAAGCUUGAGACACGCGACGGGUACUCUGUAUCCGUAUAUUUAUAGUGUCAGCGCCACAGCUAGUAGUUUAGGGAAGCCUAAUUCUUUUGCAAGCAGCUCCAGAGGACUGUACUCUAUCUGUAACUUGCCCUCCUCCAGGAACACUCCUGCAUCAAUCUGAAAAAGCCCCCCCAACUCGUCGUGGUCCCAGAAAAGGGGACUUCUCUCCAUCGGAUAGCUUGGAUCCGCCGCAACCUAUCACGCGCCGUCUAAAAGUCACCUUUCGCCGUUUUCGCGGCUUUGCGUCCCCCGCCGGGCCACACACCCCCGUUCCUCACUCUCGGCCUCCACAUCGUCACCGGUCCAUCCGCCCACCUUGUCUGCCGCUGGCGGAGUGCAGAAAGCCUGCAGAAUCGAAACAAUCUGACUUUGUCUACCGUGGCUUCAACAUCAUCGCUGCCAACCACACUACCAAUUGCCCCCUUCCACGGAAUAGAAGCACCCACGGCCAUGGCAGACGAAUCUCCCAGUGUGCGCCAGCGCAAGCCGGUGCAGCAAGCCGAGGACGACGACAACCUGUUUGCGGGCACCCCGGCCGAACACUCGCGGGGGAAGAAGAGCAAAAAGUCCAAGAAGGCAAAGGCUGAGGCGGACGUGUACAGCCCCUACGUCGACAUCCUCCGCCUGCUGAGCUUCCUUCUCCUCGCAUCGUGCGCCCUCAGCUAUCUCCAGAGCAAUGGCGAAAGCUUCUUCUGGGGUCAAAAGAACAAGCCCUGGUACCUGCGGCCCAGCUACUGGCGGUCCAAAUGGAACGGGCCCAUUUACCUCACCCCCGAAGAGCUCCUCCAGUACGACGGCUCGGACCCCGAGAAGCCCAUCUACCUCGCCAUCAACCACACCAUCUUCGACGUCUCGGCGAACCCGCGCAUCUACGGCCCGGGCGGCUCCUACAACGUCUUCGCCGGCCGCGACGCCUCGCGCGGCUUCGUCACGGGCUGCUUCAUGGAGGACCGCACCCCGGACAUGCGCGGCGUCGAGGCCAUGUUCCUGCCGCUCGACGACCCCGAGAUCGACCGCCACUGGUCCUACGACGACAUGCGGAGGCUACAGGAGGAGGAGCUGGCCGCCGCCCACGCCAAGGUCCACGACGCGCUCAAGCACUGGGUCGAUUUCUUCUCCAAGAGCGACAAGUACGGCGCCGUCGGCAAGGUCAGGAGGGAUCCCGGCUGGCUCGAAAAGGAGCCCAAGAAGAAGCUGUGCGAGCAGGCGCAGAAGGGCAGGGUCCCGAGGAAGAUUCCUGGGCAGGAGGGCCAGAACUAGGUGCCAUGACGACGGACCGCGCUUGCUUGAAUACUAUGUUGUCUCGUUCAUAGGCACUUUGAACAGAGCAGCAGCUCGUUUCCCUGCCAUGGACUCAACUGUGGGAGCGCCAACCAUGUGCAACUUGCCAUGGUGCGUUCACAGCUACCCUGCGAACCGCUUGCCCGACGAAUCUGAACAAACUAAAUGUGACAAGCGUAAUGCUGUGCUCUCUUGCCUUCUGAGUGGCUGCUUUCAAGAUCUGGUCUACCCACCAAGGGGUUGUGUAACGGGCCGAGGACCGGUUAGUGGUUGGUCACGCGCAAGCCCGUCACAUUUCGCAUCCACGCGCCCCCUCUAAUAUUCAAUUUCAAUCCUCUUGGGGCCCCGGUGACAUUACAGAGGACAAGCCAAAGAGGGGCAAGAGGAGUCAUUGCUUUUCAGGUAGAAAUGCUCAGUCAACCAUAUUUGGUUUCUUGGAAGUCCCCUCUCUAUUCGACCAUGCUUGAAUGCUGUGGCGAGGGAUUCAAGCUCGUCUUGAGCUUGGUUUUUGAGAGUGUUCCGUAUACGUGAUUGCCGGUCGCCCUGAGUGGUCAAGCCCACGGCGACCGACACACAGACAGUUCAGACAUUUGCGCGU